UUGUGUACUUAUGGCGGUUUACACAUUAUUUUGCGAAGGCGUCUACCGCAAGUACAAAGCUAGCUUAUGCUCAAAAGCAACUGUGUUUGUUGUGGUUCUAAGCUGCGCAACAAUCGUUAUUCCAUUCAUCUUCGCCUACAAAGACCUAGGGUUCUGGAAGAAGGUAGAUCAGUACCAAGAACAACCUGAAGUGCGCUUCAAGCGUCGACUGAUAUUUAUAUUAGAAGGUGGCGAGGGACUCGUAUUUUGGAGCUCUUACUCUUUCCUAAACUCUCAUGCUACAGAAUUAAGCGUCCCCUCAGUAGAGGAUUUGGAAGAAGACUUCGAUUCUGAUGGGAAAAUGGAUGAGCUGAAUCUCAGCAUUAAAAUGCCGCUGCCAGAAAAGUUCGACGUGCUUCGUGUGAAAAUCCUUCUUCUUUUUGAUUGUAUGAUUGCGACGUACACCAGGGUCUCAUAUGAGGGGCUAGCGUUUAUUGACCAUUCCUCCAGCAUUUCUGGCUCGGAACUUCUGCUGACAGGAGAACUGAGACUUCGCCAGAAAGAACUGCUGCGACGUGGGUCUCAUGACAGCCGCUUUGAGCAUUCCAUCAUCAAACAGGACAGUUCUAGUGUGUCUUCAUUCAGUCUCAACUUCAUUCUAGACGAGUACUCAAAACGAAAUGUGACAACACAGCUGUCCAAUGUUCAAAGUACAUGGAGGGCUGCCUCAGGCACUACACAUUUCCUUGCCAACCUGAGGAUCAAGUACCCAGUAGAGAUUUUGUGGUAUCGUCCUGGAGUGUGGCAAGUCCUGAAGCAUGCCUGGACCCAGUAUUUGGCAUUUCUUGCUAUUUUUAUCUUACUGGGUGAAAGGACCAAGGAGUUUGUGUUUGGUAAUCAAAUACUUGAAACUUACCAGUCACUAUAACUGGGAGUGACAGGCGCAUGAGGUGCAGAUGCUUCCAGCAACACGCUGCAUGGACACUUGGCACUGAUUCUGCACUCCAUACGGUAAAUUGCACAGCUGUUGCAGCACAGGUCAGUAUCAGUUUUGUUUUGUUCUUGCUACUAUUGCCCUUGCUUGCCACAUAACCUGGGAACAUUCAAGCAAUUGUCUGUGCUUUAAACAGUUUGAAUCUGCUGACACUGCAGUUUACUCAAACUGUGAAUCUUAUUCUGCGCUUGAGUAUUCAUCUGCAGAAGGUUAGUUGAGCUGGUGCACAGAGAUGAAGGUACUCACAUACUGGGAAGGGGCUUCGUGUCUGCUUCAGUGUAUAAUAAAGACGGAUAAGCAUCUGCACACAUUUCAUUUCUUUAUUGUUCUUUUGCACUGAAGCAUAGUGGUCAGUAUAUUACAUAUAUAUCUCUUUAAGUGCAUGCAAGCAAAGUAGGCUUAGUGCAUGGACUAGAGGAAUGAAACUGCAUUUGAAGUCCCAAGUUCCAGCAUGUGAACAUGGUAUCAUGAUUACAAGCUGCACCAUCUUUUGUUCUGCAUCCAUGGCUCUUUUGUAUGCAAACAGAUGUCAUAAGCAUAUAAAAAAAGGGGG